CACCAGCUGGAGGAGCAGCAUUCCACCUCCAGAUUGAUUGCCGUGUUCAUGCGUAGCCACCGUCCCUAAAUCCAAAUCGGUGCUAGGGUUUAGGGUUCUCGGAAUCGAGCCAUCGAUUUGAAUCCAACCUUCGCCCAAAUCAGUUUGGGUGGUGUGCUCGCGGAGGAUUCUGAGGCGGCGGCGGCGGGGAGGGGAUGGGCGGCGACGCCGAGGCGGCGGCGGGGAGGGAGGCGAUCGCGGCGAAGAUGCGCGGGGAGGACUACGCCGGCGCGAGGACGCUGCUGCUCGAGACGCUCCAGACCAACCCUAGGCUGGACGACGCCUUCGAGAUGCUCUCCGUGCUCGAGGUCCUCUGCGCCGCCGCCGAGACGCGGGCGCGCCGCCCCGGCCUCGGCCGCGGGCGCGGCGUGGAUUGGUACAGGAUCCUCCAGGUCCUCCCCCGCGACGACGCUGCCAAGAUCGACGCGCAGUACAGGAGCAUCGUGCGCCAGGUGGAGCCGGUCAGGGACGACCUGCCCGGCGCCGAGGCUGCCCUCCGGCUCGUCAACGAUGCGUACGCCGUGCUGUCUGAUCCGGCGAAGAAGGUGCGGUAUGAUUCUACGGUGGCAAAUGUUGAGCUGUGGUGCGAAGACAUUUUACAAACGAAAGGGAUUUGCGCUGCUGAUAGAUCAACUCAUGAUUAUCCGAAUGCAGAACUGGGUAGAUUAAGCAGCCUUGAGGCAGACUGUAAUGCGGUGGCUGGCAUCUCAAACAAUGUGCCUUCAUAUGCUCAACAGACUGACAGAUCAUGUUUGGAUGUGGGCGAUUGUUCAAAUGUUGCUAGCUCUUCCAAAACUAAGAGGACUGAUUCAUGCUUUCUAGCUGAUGAUGGUUUUCAGUUACCUGAUGAGAACCAUGUUGACAAGAAGCAAAAGAGUGUGUGCGAAAAGGAUGUGCAUUGUGUGUCAUCGCCACAUGUAGAUUUGGAUGACAGGUUUACUGAUCCAUUGGAUAACAGAGAAGACGAGCUUUGCUCUAUUACACAAUAUGACGUUCAUAACUUUGAGAAUGAUAGGGAGAUAGUGAAUUUCGCUGCUGGUCAGAUUUGGGCAGCAUAUGACUGGGAGAAGUUCCCUCGCAGAUAUGCACGGAUUAACAAGAUUGUGGCUGACAAAGAGCACUUAUAUGUUUCAUGGUUCAAACCAUCCCCACAAUCCCAUGACGAGAACAGGUGGUUUAGUGCAAGCUUGCCAUUUGUUUGUGGAAUUUUUAUUGCGGAUGAAUGUAAAAUAUCGGUAACUUGUCCAACUAUGUUAUGUCAUCAGAUAUCUUCUGACAAUUGGAAUCAUCAUCUUAAAGUUUAUCCCCAGGAAGGGGAGGUAUGGGCAAUCUACAGUGAUUGGGACAUUGGGUGGUGCAAUGACCCUGGGAUGCGGAAGAAAAGCACCUUUUAUGUUGUAGAAAUUCUUAACAGUUAUUUAAAAGGCUCAGGCUGCACUGUCGCACAAUUGGUAAAGGUAGAUGGAUAUAGAAGCGUUUUCCAGAGGCACGUGAGGAGUGGGAGAGAGCAGUUAUUACAAGUCCACAUUCAUAAUCUGCUCAUGUUUUCUCACAGGAUUCCUUCAUUUAGAUUUACUUGUGAUGUUGGAACGGUGUUUGAGCUUGAACAUUCUGCUGUUCCAGAAAACUUGCAAUAUGAAAAUACAUCAGCAAGUGUUGCUCCUUUGUACCCUCUUCAAGGUUUACAUGAUGACUCAAAUGGUUUUCAUGAAGUUGCUGCCACACACUUAUCAAAUCCUUCAACCAGCAAAAUGGAUUUAGGUAACCCCCAACAAGGAAUGAUGAACUACAAUAAUAAGUUAUCACCUGAGCAUUUUGUGGAGGGGCAGAUCUGGGCUGUAUAUGAUGCUCCGGAUAGAAUGCCAAGGUUGUAUGUCAGAGUAAUCCGUGUGGUAUCCCAUACUGCAGUUUCUGUGUUGAAGCUGGAACCUCACCCUAUGCUCAAUGAAGAAAUACAUUGGGUUGAAGAUGGUCUACCAGUUGCUUGUGGGGUGUUUCGAGCUGGUAGUGAGACUGCUUGCAAAGAGAUAUCAGAAUUCUCUCAUCCGGUGGAGUGUGACUGGAGCGCAAAGAGGUCUUUCUACCGAAUUUUCCCAAAGAAAGGAGAAAUAUGGGCAAUGUACAAAAACUGGAAGAUAGCCUUCAGUAAUGCUGACAUCGACAAAUGUGAACCUCGCAUGGUUGAGAUCCUCUCUGAUUACUCAGAUGAAAUUGGAGUCAAUGUAUGCAGGCUGACUCGGGUAAAAGGCUGUUUAACCUUUUUCCAGAGAGUAAUAGUGGAAGAUUUCCAUUUGACAAAGUUGAUUUCAAGGUCUGAAAUGCUAAGCUUUUCCCAUCGUGUUCCUGCUUAUGUAGUUAUUGAAAUUAAAGACCGUGAUAUACCAAAAGGGUCAUGGCAUCUGGAACCAAAUGCCCUUCCUCUCAGGAAUAUAGAUUAAUAUAUAUGGGAAGUAGCAAAAAAUGUUUAGAGUUUUAGAUAAUUGUAAUGACCAGAUCUUCUUCUUUCACCCUGUUAUUAAUAGAAUCAUUUGCCUCUAUCUGUGUCUGUCAUGAUUAUCUUGUCUGUUAAAAGAGCUGUUUGUUCAGAUGUUCCUGCAUUUUGUAUCCUGGCACAGUGGACAUUUCUUCUGCAUUUUAAUUUAGUAAUCACAGAUCAGAACUGAUUGGUCUUAGAACUUGGAAAUGAGCUGACAAAAUGACACCAAACAGUCAUUUGACAUAACUGGUUUCCAAUUUACUAUACAUGUUUGUAUUGUUAUUGAGCAAAUCUUCCGAUA